AAUGUGGCAGCUCUGUGUCCUCAGCCUCGAUUGGUUGCUGUCACCAAAACUAAGCCAAAGGAGAUGAUAAUUGAAGCAUAUGCUGCAGGCCAGCGACACUUUGGGGAAAACUAUGUUCAAGAGCUAGUAGACAAGGGCAAUGAUGCUCAGAUAUUAACAUUGUGUCCUGAUAUUAAAUGGCAUAUGAUUGGUCACCUUCAAACCAACAAGAUAAAAAAGGUUAUUGAAGUGCCCAAUCUGUUCUGCAUUGAAACCAUUGACAGCAUUAAACUGGCCACAGCUGUCAAUAGUGGUGUUGAGAAGUACCUUGGAAACAAGAAGUUAAAGAUAUAUGUUCAAGUUAACACAAGUGAUGAACAAAACAAAAGUGGAGUUGAUGCAGAUCAUGUGAAUGAGCUGGUGGGUCAUGUUUUGCAGAACUGUGCUCAUCUAGAUUUAGUUGGUCUUAUGACCAUUGGAGCAUUUGAUCAUGACCUCUCCGAAGGUCCUAACCCAGACUUUCAGAAGUUGCUGAAAUGUAGAGCUUCAGUGUGUGAAAGCCAUUGUUUAGAACCUAAAGAUGUAGAAUUAUCAAUGGGCAUGUCAAAUGACUUCGAGCAUGCAAUUCUUGUUGGGAGCACCAACGUGAGGGUCGGCAGCACGAUCUUCGGAGCACGAGCUAUCAAGAAGUAGAAAGAGAAUCAUAGUAGCUUUUUAUUUACUAUAUUAUAAAAAAAAUAACUCCUUACUGAUACAAUAAGUGUUAUCUUUUCUCAUACUUUGCAUUUUAUUGCUAUCUCUUCAGAUAAAAUAAAUUAUAUAAAUAGAUAAGUAUAAAUUAACCAUAAUACAAUUUGAAAUUUAUUAAUACAGUAUAAAAUAUAAA